AUGUCGCAGAGUAAAGUUCACCUCAACGCCAACAAUCCGGAUGAUCCAUAUCCACUCUACGCCACUACACCUGUUCCUCCAAAGAAACCGGGUACUGUGCGUAUUUGGGUGGACGGCUGCUUUGAUAUGCUGCACUUUGGUCACACCAAUGCGUUACGUCAAGCCGCUUCUCUCGGUCAUGAACUCUUUGUUGGUUGUCACUCAGAUGAAGAGAUUAUACGAUACAAGGGUCCACCUAUUAUGCAUGAAGAAGAACGUUAUGAAGCUCUUCGUGCAUGUAAAUGGGUAAAUUUUGUAGUUGAAAAUUAUCCUUAUGUUACGCGGCUUGCUGAUAUAGAUCGCUUUGAAGUGGAUUAUGUUGUACAUGGUGAUGAUAUUUCUGUUGAUCUUAAUGGUCGUAAUUCUUACCAGGAGAUUAUCGAUGCUGGUCGGUUCAAAGUUGUUAAGCGAACAGAGUGUAUUUCUACCACCGAUCUUGUGGGACGAAUGUUGUUAUGCAAGAAUGGUAAUUUGUUAAGCCAAGAUGACAAAAAACUCUUGGAAGAUGAAGCCACAAAACACUCUGCAUUCCACUAUUUAACUACAUCAAGAAAAAUUGCUCAAUUCAGUAACAACCGUGGUCCCAAUCCCGGUGAUAGAAUUGUUUAUGUGGAUGGUAGCUUUGACUUAUUUCACUAUGGUCAUAUUCGUGUCUUGCAAAAGGCACGGGAAUUUGGAGAUUACCUCAUUGCUGGUGUCCACGAGGAUAGUGUUAUCCGCAAGGCAAAGGGUGAACAUUUCCCCAUUAUGAGUCUUAACGAACGUGUUCUCGGUGUACUCUCGUGUCGUUAUGUGGAUGAGGUUGUCUUGGGCGCCCCAUAUGAGGUGACACGCGGAGUUAUCGAUAGUCUUAAUAUUAGUGCAGUCGUUGGCGGAAAGACAUGUGAUGCGUACGGGUCUGUGGACGGACAUGACUCGUAUGCCGUUCCAAAGGCGAUGGGUUGUUUCCAUCAGGUAGACUCGGGAUGUAGUCUUACAACCCGUGUGUUGAUUGAUCGUGUUAUGACGAAUCGAGUGGCAUUUCUCAAACGACAAAAAGAAAAACGAGAAAAGGAUAAGAAAAAUGCUGAGCGAAAGCCAGACAUGUAUAAGAACGUGAAGGAGGUUUGA